AUGGUCGCUUACAAUAGAAGUCCCAUGGGUGACGAGAGAUGGAAAUUGGUCGACUGCGUGCUUGAUCAGUUCUCAGAGACGCGAAAAGCAGAAGCAGCAGCCGCUGCGCUCACACUUGGUCUAGCUCCAAUGCUUCUCCAGAGCAUUGGGCCAAACACCUCGCAGACAAGCCUGUUGUUCGUGCGUCGGCCUGUUCUUGCGUCGCUGCUCGCCAUCUCCUCACCCUGGCCGAGUAACCCGGACAACACCAUAUACUCAACUCCACAGAGUGCGAUGGAACUGUCCUUGGUCUCGUUUAUCCGGACCGAGCGUCAGAAUGUGCCCAUCGGAGUCAUGGCAUCUGUCGUCUCGUUGGUCGAGUAUGUGAUGGCCCUGGGCGCGGCAGCGAACGUGGCGUCACUGGCUUACCAGCUCGGCCAUUGGGCGUUCUUUUCGUCGGCGAACAACAUUUACGACCCAGUCCUAUGGACGUACAACGCGCUUUUCAUUCACAUGGUGGGGGUCCUCGGGAUUUAUCUACAAUUCCACAGGCCCGGAUCCAAUGGACAUAGCGAUGAUGAGGUGAAAAGGGAAGAGCCUACCUGGCUUCCACGGUGGCUUUAUCACGAGUUAACGCCAGCUGCUUACAACAAGAGCACCUCACUACCACUGAGAGAGCGGGACCUUGGGAAACGGCCCCCGCUGCUAGCUCUGUCGCUGCUUGUGACGGCGUGGAUUCUGUCAAUUGCACCGACGUUACAGGUUGUCUUGGGAACAAUCAUGUUGUCUGGGUCUCUGCUUACCGGCCAAGGCGAUGCUCGCAACUGCUUGUUCAGAUAUUUUGGGAGUGCAGUUGUUGCGUGCGCUUUGCUCUCAUUUGAAAUCGCGUGUCUGAAGGGCUCCCCGGCUACGGACUCGGGCUCGGACGGCCUAAGGGAGAACGACGAGAUGCUCGGCCAGGGCCAAAAGAACACGAAGAAACAGCCAUCGACGCUCGUCAUCGAAGAACUACGCUAA